AUGGUUAGCGGUUUAAAGCGACCUCUACCAUUAAUAGACAAAUCACCGUAUUCUACAAUUAGACCACAUGUGAAUAAUCCUACAAAUGCAGAAUUAGAAAGACUCAAGUUGGCUCGAGCUGCAGAGAUCGCCUAUAUCAAGGAAAAGAAUGAAUUAGCUCUAAAGUAUAAGGAAGACGAAACAGAAAUCGAGAAAUCGCGUUUCAUUUCAAUGGUGAAUGCAUUAGGUGCAGAUACACUACGUGCAAUGGCAACAGCCGAAUCAGACCAUAAUCUGAGCAUGUUGAACGCUUUGGGCUUACAAAGUACAUUAAUUACAGAUGGGACGACACCAGUGAAUUUGUUAACUACCGCUCAUGGUUUAAUUGGUUCAGUGUUUGAAGGUUCUUCUCGUAAACGUACUUCAGAGGUUUCAGACUACGUAGAUGAAAAAUGA